GAGAGAAUAGUGAAGAAGAGGUUACAAAUUUUUGAAACUGCAUCCACAGUAAGGAGAAAGGAAAGGCCUGAUGUUAUCUUAGGUUUUGAAAGCAAAGUAGGAAGCGUGUCAUCAAUUAUCCUUGAUCAUAAAAGAGAGAGAAGAAAUGUUCCCGCAGGAACAAUAACUCUGCGGCAAGUCCGCCAGGAAAUCAACAACAAGUUCAAUCAGUCCUGCAAUGUAAACAACAAGAUAUGUCAGACAGGACCUCCAGGUCCUCCAGGUGCCCACGGGUAUCCAGGGUACAAAGGAGAAAAAGGAGCCACAGGGAAAACCGGCUCAAGAGGCCGUCCGGGACCAGUCGGGGCCCCAGGCGCGAGUGGCAACAGAGGACCUUUGGGACCUCAGGGAGUAAAGGGUGACAAGGGCGACAAAGGGUCCGUUGGGGCACCCGGGAUAAGAGGAGAGACUGGAACAAAGGGUCGUCAAGGACAACAAGGAUCUAUUGGCUUUAAAGGAAGCAAAGGCAGCAGAGGAUUGGUUGGUAUUCAAGGACCAAAGGGAGAGUGUGUUGUUCCACUGAAGAUCAGAGUAUAUCCAGUAUCUCAGGAAGUGUUUGUGAACGAGCCUGUAAUAUUUUACUGUUGGGUUCAAGGCCAUCUUUCGUCCAAGAUAACGUGGCGUAAACUUGGAGGUACUCUAUCUGAUGCUACUGUGGAAGAUGGUGCGCUUCGAAUAAGUAGCGUACAAAGGUCACAUGCUGGGUCAUACAUGUGUACAGGUCAUACUGGUUUGGGAAUGUUCCAAAUAUUAAGCAGAUUGCAUGUAAAAGAGCCACCUAAAUUUACCAACAGGCCCCCUACAGUGGUUGGUGUAAUUCCAGGAACUAAUGUGACCCUCUGCUGCGAGGCCUCAGGCUCUCCUCGUCCAAACGUGGAAUGGUUCCAGGCACAAAAGGCUUCUGUCUCAUUUCCCGUUUUUCAGGAAGAUGGAUGUCUUCUGAUUAAGAUGGUUAAAGAAGAUGUAGAUUUCAUCUGCCGGGCUAAAAACAGCUUCGGAAUGGCAGAGACAACAACGACGGUGAUUGCAGAGAUAUUUGGAGGUAUUAUUUAUUACUUUUGCUACAAGGCUUUGAAAAUAUGUAAUUGGAAGGUAUUAUCACUUGUCUUAAUAGCGCGAUAUGUUUGUUGAAUGGAUCCAGCUUUUAAAAAAAUAUCCCAA